ACCAUCCAUUCGUCCAUCCCACCUCCCACCGUCCCUCUUUCACAAACAUAAUCAUUCAUUAUGUCUGCCCUAUUAUCAUUUAUCGGCUGGAGUUUUCUCCCUUCACUAGCAACCUCCUCCUUCCUAUCCUUCUGGUAUCGCCUAAUAACUCGGGCAGGCGAUCCCCGCCCUCAACCGGGCACGCCGACCUACGUAAAAUCCUACAAGCUCGUCAACUUCCUCGUAAUAGCCUUUUACCUCUUAUACACAAUCUACGAAUCCUACAACGCCAUACUUCUUGAGCCAAACUUCUACAAGCUUCUGAGUGCGGGAAUGCGUGCAAGCGAUCGGGAGCUAAAGGGGAAAUUCCGGCGGCUCACAGUGAUGUACCAUCCUGACAAGGUCGGCACGCAGGGAGAGGCUUACUUCGUCAUGUUGAAAGCCGCCUACGAUACUCUUAUCGAUCCUGUUAAGAGGAGCGCGUAUGACCGGUUUGGACCAGAUAUGCUGGAGUGGAGGAAUUGCUCGAGCGCUUAUGAUUACUUGAUUCGUGGGGUUACGAUGAUGGGGCCGUAUUAUUUGGGAAGUGUGCUUGUUUUGGUUAUUCUGAAUGUUCUGGGGAAGAUGGAAUUUGGGAGAUACUGGCGCUUCUACGCAUUCUUUUGCAUGAUGGUCCUCGAAGCCUUUGUCGUUACUCGCCCGUUCCACCACUUCACACAAAUCCCAAUCUUGAAUACACUGCUCCCCUUCGAACAACUCGCACUCGCCCGUAAAAUCCUCUUUACAAGCUUCAUCGCAAUCUCCCAACUCGCGCCCCUUUUCCAGCAAGAUCGUGCCAUCGCCGGCCCUCUAACUGCGGAAGCGCUAGAUCCACAGCUGGAUCGCAUGGCAGCGCUUCUCCACAGGACCGAUACUGAGACUUCCACAAUACUUACCCAAGAAUUGCUCCCGUUCGACGCGAACCCUGUGAUGCAGAAAAUGCUUAAAAAGAAGUUGGAAGAAUGGAUGAUUGAAUCGGCGAUUAGGAGUGCGCCAGAGGUUAGAGAUGCCGUCGGCAGGGUUAUACAGCGACGACGUACCGAUGCUCCGGCCGGCGCUCAAGGAACGAAAUAA